AUGCAGAAUAGUACCCGUUUCCCAAAUCGACCUCGACGUGGAUCCAAAGUGUCCGAGAUCCUCGACAGAUUCACCCGCAUUGGGACCACAGAACGGACCGAUGCUGUACAACCCACCUCGACCGACACGCGCCCGAACGGUGCGGCUGAGGAUAGAACAGUAACAAGCAGCCCAUCGGAGCUAAAUCCCCAACAGUUGGGAAGCAACCGAAAUUUCAAAUCGUAUUCUAUCAAUGAAGAAGACGGAGACCCGGAGGACGGCUGUCUGUUCAGUAGUCGCGAAGGUCAUCGACGAUCGUUUGGCCAGGCUUGGUCCUGGUUCAAGGAACGAAGACGACUAACGUCGAUCGGGCUGAAUGCCUCGUUGACAUUCCUAAGCAUUCCUGCUGCUGGCAUUUUGUUGGACAUACUGGAGUCAAAACGUGAGCCAAUUUUGAAUAUCGCUGACUAG